AUGAAGAAAUUAAUAAGGGUAAAAUUAAUCACUUCAAAAAAAGAAAACUUGCUUUUGCCCGAAGGCUUUCCUUUAUCAGUAAAACCAAACUAUUGGAACUUUAUUAAAUGAAACUUGGUCCAAAGCACCGCAUCAAGUGCUUUAGGAGUUCUCUCUACACAGCAAUUACUGAUUACCCUAGGCACAAACUCAAUUACAGCAUCAGCAGCAUUGAAUUGAAUAAUAAAGGAUGGGCUUGGAUUACUAGGAGGAGUGAUUUAUGCAGGCAGAAUUGGAAAUAGAUUUGAUGAAAACUCCAAAUAUUACAAAUGAAUUUCAGCUGUGUCAGUAAACCUGGCUAGUGGCUUAGAAAUGAUUAGUCCAUGCUUUCCAAGUCUAUUUUUGCCUAUUGCUACAAUAGGAACUCUAGGUAAAAAUGUUUCAGCUUUAGCUGGAAGCGCUUCCAAAGCUGCAAUUCAUCUCAACUUGUGCCUAAAUACCCUUUGAUUAGUGAGCAGAGGGUUAGGUUAGGUUAUUAAAGACAGACGUAAGCCAUAUUGGUGAUACUGCUACCAAAGACCUCCCAUUCGGAGGUUCAUUUCUUUUCGACUCCAGCCCAGAGGGUCUAUCCCCGAUAUGGGUUCCACUUCCGGUGGCUUCUGCCUCUUCCUUGCCUUGCGGCUCUUGAGUGGGACUUAUGGAUUUCUGCGGCCCUGCUACGUGCGAUUGGAGUAGAUUGAUUCAAGGACCCUUGAACUCUGUCGGGUGUUGAAUUGCUACCUUAGACAGCUAGCAAAAAGAUCGUUCCACUGUGGCCUUGGCUGAAACAUCUAGUUUCUCUGCCGAGGAAUGCCCAAUGGGUCCUCGUAUUUAAAGGACGUUGCCAGGUACCUUCAUUUCCAACUACAGGAAAGCAGCCAAAGCCUGCCCAGAUAUACAUCUCUUGUACUGCAUUUGAUUCCUAAACUCGGAGUCCAUCCCAGUUCGCCGUGGCCAUAAGGUCUGGACCGUUAAACCAAGAAGGCAGGUUGACAUGUGCAGCCAUUUUAAUUUAUUAGCGAGCAGAGCAGAGAGAAUAGAUUUUUUUUAAUAUGAAUACAAAUUUUAUAUAAAACAAAUUCGUAAUCAUUGAAAGGAAUAUCGAACUCAAUUUAUGUUUUUGAAAACAGACUUUUUAAUAUUGAUACAAUAAGUAAAAGAUUUUUUAUUUUAUAUUUAAUCAAAAUAUAAAAAACAUUUUUCCUCCUAUAUGAAGAGAAUAUUUCUUUAAAAAGAUUUUCAAAGAUGUUGUUUACUGGCCAAGGUUGAGUAAGAAAUAAUUUAGCUGAUGUUACUGCUAAAAGUGGAACCCAAGCUACAGCAGCAGGGCUGGUAGGAACCUUAAUCGGAACUUUGUUUGGAUACUCCAUACAAAGUUACUGGGGAAGUGUAGCAAUUUUUAGUGCGCUUUCAGUCUGCCAGCUCUGAGCAUGCUAUAAAGGUCUAAAAUACGUGGAUUUGAAUUCAUUGAAUCCUCAGCGAUUAGAUAUUAUCAUUAAGAAUUUUAUCGAACACAAAAUUAUUUUAAGUACAGAAGAAGUGUCCAAACAUGAAAAGUUUUUACUUCCUUAUCCAAAACAAAAUUUAAUAGUGGGGAUAGUACCUGAAAUCUUUCAAGGACAAGAUGGAGGAUCUGCGAAUAUUGAUGAAAAUGUCGAGUACCCAAAUGAAAAUUUGAAGAAAUACAUAAUUAGUAGACAUGACAACAAGGUUUAUUUGCUAUAUGAAGAAACAGCAGUGAACUCAGAUAUAAUUGAAGGAUAUGUUUUGGCUAGAUGCAUAUCAUGGAAUGUCCCUCCUGUGACUAUUCCAUUAGAAGAUCUGAAAAAUAUUGGCUGGGAGAUCUCACAGCCAUUUUUAUCUCCUACAAACACCCGUUACAAAAAUGAAAGCUCUGAUUUAACUCAAUAG